GGCUCUCCGAGGCUGGCAGAGUUGAAUGCAAAGACGAAGAACAGGAGAAGCUCUGAUACUGCCUUCAGAUUAGACCUCAGCAACAUCCGAAUUUCACAGCUAUGCUGCCGUUCCGCGGAACCCGCACUAAUUAACUGGUUUAUCUGCGUUCGAAAGAAUGUUCAUAGCCACUGUUUCCCAAAGGAUGCGCACUUAAAAAAAUUAUGUCUAAAGAACCUGAUGGAUUAUCAAACACCGUUUUGUUUAAUUUGUCAUUGAGAGUGCCAGUUGAGAAAAGCUCUUUUUAGGAGGUCUUGGCAAAUAGAUGUUUUUUUUUUCGUUUCGAAAUCAAACGCGUUUUCAGCAGAGAACGACCCGCAACAUCGGAUCUGCUCGUAUUAGUGCCUGUGGAUCUCUCACUGUCAUAAUUACAUUUGCACUGGUGAACUGUUUUGCAUCGCAAUGGAUACAACUAUGUGGAGUUAUAUAUUAGGUCUUUUCAUGGUUGCUUGUCGAGUAAAACUAGCUCGAUCAACAGUUUUAGAAUCAAUAUACUGGAAUACUUCGAACACCAAGUUUGUCCCAGGAAGGGGUGUAGUACUAUACCCUCAGAUCGGAGACAAAAUGGACAUUGUGUGUCCAAGAUUCAAGCCAGGCUCGACUGAGCAGACGAACAUUGAAUACUUCCGGGUCUAUCAUGUUCCCAAAGAACAACUUGAGACCUGUCGAGUCACUAAAGGUGACAUGUUACUGCUCAACUGUGACAAGCCAGACCAGGACGUGAAGUUCACCUUCAAGUUUCAAGAGUUCAGCCCCAACCUGUGGGGCCUGGAGUUCUACAAAGAAAAGGACUAUCACAUUAUCUCCACAUCGAACAGCACUUUUGAAGGUUUGGACAACCACGAAGGUGGUGUUUGUAAGACCAAAUCUAUGAAGCUGGUUCUGCGAGUUGGACAGAGUCCUACAGAUUCAUUCUCAGCUAAAAACUAUCCAACUAGAAAUCCUCCAAAAUACCCUGACAGUAAGGAACAAAACACCUUCAGCAAAGAAAACGAUGCUGUCAACAGAGUUGACCCCAUGCAGAAUGGUGAGUCCGGGGGCAAUAGCGGAGAGUCUGUAGGAUCCGCUGGAUCAGAAGUAGCCCUGUUUGCUGGUGUUGCAUCUGGUGCGGUCAUCUUCAUCAUCAUCAUCAUCGCUCUGGUAGCACUGCUGCAUCGGCGUCAUCAGAAACACUCUGCGCAGUGCUCCGCCCAGCUGCCCUUAAACACGCUGCCCAAACGCGGAAGUGCUGCCACUGGAGGCAGCAACAAUAACGGCUCCGAGCCGAGUGACAUCAUCUUUCCGCUGCAUACUUCAGGAAGCAUGUACUGCCCGCACUACGAGAAGGUCAGCGGUGACUACGGCCACCCUGUCUAUAUCGUCCAAGAAAUGCCACCACAAAAUCCUGCAAACAUUUACUACAAAGUUUGACAGAGAACGGACAACAAGCCAUGGCAACCCUCUACAUUGCGAGUAAAUCAC